AUGAAUGAAACUAAAUUACGAAAAAUAAAAAAUAAUCUUAUUAAUAAAAGUCCCCUUAACUUGGAAAAAAUGAAAAAAAAAAUUAACUACAUAAAUUAUAUUCUUCAACAAUUAACUUUACAAAAUUUUCACACCACUCCUUCUGAUCUGCAAAACUGUUAUGACAAUAAUAUUAACUCAUACAAAAACCAAAUAAAUACACUAAAUAAAUUGCUAAUGAACAGCAGCUUUCCGCAGAACAUAAAUAUGAAAUCAAACAACACAAUUCUAACACCCCCGGGAACACCGGUAAAUCAAUCAACAAACCAAUUAACUGAAAUAAAAGAUACGCCAGAGCGUAUAAUACAAAACGUGAAAACCUUUUAUAAAAGAUCAAUAAGAACCGAUGUACUGAAUAAUUUAAAAUUUUUUUCCACUUUCAAUUAA